AUGUUAGAUGAGCCGCCGCUGUGCAGCCUCGGCAGAUUAACGGGAGGCGUUUGUUUGCCGAUAUCGACGUGGAAGCGUUUCGGCGAGUCGCAGCGCGGAAAUUUAUUGUGGUGCUCCGGGAGAUAUCUUCUUACGGGCUCAUUAAAAAGGAGACACGCCGUUCAUAAAUCAGGGGCGGGCGACGUCGGCGGCGUGGCGCGGUCGGCGCGGCCUCUUAUCGGCUACGAGCGUGCCGGCAAUAGGCGCUAUCCGGUUCCGUCGCCGCCGAGCCAGAGCCUCCUUUGUACCUUAGCCGCACUCCGCUCUCGCUACCCACCGACAGUG